AUGCCAUCCCAUCUAGAAACCUUCCCAACCGAGGUCAUCGAGUUGAUUGUUAGACUGCUACCACUCAAAGAUAUCCGCAGCCUUCGCCUCGCCUGCAAGGCUCUGUCAGGCAAAAGCUCCGAGUCUCACUUCAAGACAUUCUUCCACACUCAACAUGUCGUAAUGACAGCCGAUGCCUUGCGAGAAUUCACAGUUAAUGUCCAGGCGGGAGGCUUCCGCUCUUGCGUACGAAAGCUAUGUCUCGUUGGCGUACCCGACAAGGAGGCCGAGAGAACCCAGGCAUUUCAUUUUGAUCCACGCCAAGGGGCGAUGACUAGCCUGCUCACACAAGCAUACAACGGGCUUACCAAACCCCACAGCGUCGACAGUCUCCUAUCGCUCUCACUAGAACUAAGGAUCGUCAAGAAUGACCUGCCUAACAGCGCUCUGCGCAAUGCAACACACCUUGCAAAAUCAAAGGCUGUGUGGCAAUGCGCAAUUGACGUAUUCGACCAGUCGUUGCGAGCACUAGCCGCCAGUAACUUGAAACUCAAACAUCUCAAUAUCUUCAACGGGCCAAACAUGGAAAACUGCAGCCUGCCCUCCGAACAGCUUAGCAUGAUCAACUGGAGCGACCCAGGUCUGGCCGAAUCACUGUCCACUCUUACAUCCCUAUCAGUCAACAUCUCCACCCGCAUCUUUGUCUUCAAAAGCCUCAGAGACCCGUCGGGCGACGGCCUAGUAGGAAACAUCCCUGGCGGAAUCGCGCCAGCCCUGGAGGAGCGCAACUUUGACGGCCUUCCAAAGGUCUUGGCGGCAUGUCCCCGACUUGAGGACCUGGAUCUGAGAUACCGUAAAAUCAUCACCCGGGCCCUGUACAACGACGUAUUGGUUCUACAGCGCGUGGCAGGGUUGCAGAAACUACCUGUCCUGAACCGCCUGAGCAUCAACGGCUUCACCGCCAACUCGCCCGACCUCCUCAGUAUCAUCAAAAGAACUAAACCCCGGGAACUAUCCCUGGGGCCGAUAACUCUCGAGACGGGGACCUUCCAUUCCAUCUUCGACUACUGCUCCAGCAGGGAAGCUAACAUGUCUAAGGCAUCGUUUGAGGGGCUGGUUCAGAUGUCCUACCAGGAUGGCGCGGGAGUGGUUCAUUUUGUCAGCCAGUGUCCGAAGGUGCCCGUGGUGCCAAACCGGAACCCAAAUUCACCGUUCCAGGCUCAGUUUUGCAGCAGGUUUGGAGAGUUUGAGAAUCUCGGCCAGGGUGCUCGCAUCUCUUGUCAUCUUGAUCGGUCAAGUUUCAUCGGGAUGCCGCAGUAUGGAGGGUGUCCGCCGUCAAGGAGGCAGGAUCAUAUGAACAACUAUUUCUAA